AUGUGCCGUCUCCUGCAGGCCAACCUGGCCAAGAUUGUGGCACACAACGCCCGCAACGACGCCACCUACCGCCUGGGCCUCAACGCCCACGCCGACCUCACCACAGACGAAUUCCGCCUGCGCUACUUUGGGGCCAAAAAGGCCAGCGCUCAGCGUUUUCCGCGCCCCAAGGGCGACCCCUUCCCUUACGGCGACGAGGUGCCGCCACCCAAGCGGGACUGGCGGGCGGAGGGCAAGCUGACGCCCGUCAAGGACCAGCACGUGGGCGGCGCGCCGUGCGGCUGCUGCUACGCGUUUGGCGGCAUGGCGGGGGUGGAGGCAGCCAACACGCUGUACACCGGCGAGCUGACCACCCUGAGCGAGCAGGAGAUUGUGAGCUGCGACGAGCUGGACUACGGCUGCGACGGUGGGCUUGUGUGCGGCGACUUCUCGAACGUGUUUGAGUGGAUCAUAAAAAACGGCGGCAUCGACACCGAUGCCGACUGGCCGUACGAGGCCAAGGUGACGGCCUGCCAGAGGCGGCGCAUGAAGAAGAACCGCCCUGUGACGAUCAACGGCCACGUGGAUGUGCCCAAGCACAACGAGACCGCGCUGAUGCAGUCGGUGUCGCACACGCCCACCGUGGCCGCCGUGUGCUGCGGCGACUACCUGGAUCAGUGGCACCUGUACAAGAGCGGCGUCAUGGGCGACUCGGUGCAGUGCACCAAGCCUCUGGACCACUCGGUGCUGGUGGCCGGCUACGACACAGACGCCGAGACGGGGGAGGCCUACUGGCUGAUCAAGAACUCGUGGGGCUCUUCGUGGGGCGAGGGCGGCUACAUGCGCCUCAAGCGCUUCCAGACCCACCGCAACGGCCAGGCGGGGCUGGCCACCUUCCCCGGCUACCCUUACAAGAACACGCCCAACCCGGGCCAGGUGCGGCAGGCAGGGGGGCAGAGAGAUGCGCCGUACGCUUGUGGGAUGUUGCCGCCGCCAUGA